AUGUCAGACGAAAUUUUGGACCGACUCGUCAAGGCGAUUGAGAAGUUGUCUUCGAAUGGGGACCAACUUCCAAAGCCAGAGAAACUGACGAUAUAUGACGAUUAUGACCUCUGGGAGGACCGAAUGAAGUUGUACCUCGAGUCCGUCAGCGAAGGGAACCGAUCACUGGUCAUCCUUGGCCAACUGGACAGUGAGGUUUACGCCGUUGCCAGAGCGGCCAACAUCACUCCUUCGCUGACUACCGCGACAAUUUUCGAGCGUCUUCGACGAGAGUUCGGUCGCUCUUCCAUGCCAUGGGUUGCUCGCGCAACACUGAGGGACCGUCGCCAGCAUCCUGGAGAGUCCGUGGUCGACUUCCAGCGACAUUUGCGUGUUCUGGCCAAACACGCAUAUCCAGAUGACUCUUGCGCUGCCCCGGAAGACAGGAUUCGCGAUAACUUCGUCGACGGUGUUGCCAACCCCGACGUUCGUCGCAAGUUCAUGCUGGACCCACCCAAAACUCUCAAAGCGGCACUCGAUAUCGCCCGCGAUGAAGAAGUGGUCUCCACCGCGCUAUCCUCAUCCCCCGGACCUUCUUUCCCAGUGGCCGCGGCUCCCCGCUUUCAAACUGCCUCUGCACAAGGCCAGAUGGUCAAUGUCUUCGCCAUGGGACAGCGACCGACCUGCGACAUCGGGACGCAAACAGCGAGAUGGCAGUGGGACCCUCAACCACCGUCAACCCCUCGAUAUGGCCAGCGACCUACUCCUCGGCGUGGAAACUGGAGGGUCCAACGCGGUCGUUGGACUCGCCCUCAAUACAUGCCCGGUGUUCAUACGAUCACCGCAGGUGAGGAAGAAGAGAACGGUAAGUUAGUAAUUUUAUCUGAUUUAUUGAUUGCAAACAUAGGUUCUAUGCCUUAUUGCCCUACCGUAAAUGCAUCUAUAAGUAACAUUAGAUUUCCAUGCUUAGUUGAUUCAGGGGCAGGUUGCUCCCUCAUUAGGCAUCACGUAUUUCGCCAGUUACAAACGAAAGUUAGAUAUUGUAGUAAACUCAAAGUUUGCCUGAAAACGGCUAACGGCACCACCUUACGGCAUGUAGGCAUGGUAGAACUUGGGAUAGAGCUAGGUUGUGCUGUAUUUAAUCAUAGGUUUGUUGUUUGCUGUGACAUAGCAUGGGACUGUAUAUUAGGCGCAGAUUUUCUUCAUGCAUUUAAAUGUUCUCUCGACUUUAACGUUAACGCCCUCCGUGUCAGCGGUACUGAAGUACCACUUACGUUCGAGAUGCCUCUCCGUCAACCAGAAGUUAACACGGUCAAGCUAGAAUGUAUAGAAAGCCUAAUCCCACCUACCUUGGAUAAGAAAUGUUCGACCAGUUUAUAUAAUUUGAUACACGAGUUUAAGGACAUUUUCGAUUGGGACGGCCGUUCACUCGGGCGAACCAAUGUUGCUCAACAUGAAAUUGAUACGGGUACGGCCCGGCCAGUUAAAAUUCCGCCUAGACGAUUGCCGGUAUUCUACCAGACACAAUUAAAGGCAAUGAUAGAUGACAUGCUCGACCGAAGGAUUAUCAGGCCAUCUAAUUCUCCUUGGUCCUCUCCAGUUGUAUUAGUCAUGAAGAAGGACGGAUCCUUGAGGUUAUGUGUCGACUACCGUAAAUUAAACGAGUUGACAACUAAAGACUCCUUUCCAUUACCUCGUAUCGAUGCAACCCUAGAUGCUCUCUCAGGUAAUCGAGUUUUUACUACUCUAGACCUGGCGGCCGGAUACUGGCAGGUAGAAGUAAGGCCAUCUGACCGUGAGAAAACAGCUUUUUCGGUACCCACUGGUCUAUACGAGUUUGAAACCAUGCCUUUCGGGUUAGCCAAUGCGCCCAGCACAUUCCAACGGCUCAUGAACCAAGUCCUUGCCUAGUUUAUUCCAAAGGCUUGUUUGGUGUACUUAGACGACAUCAUCGUGCUCGGGAAGGAUUUCAAAGACCACCUACAAAACCUACAAUCAGUAUUCAGCAGCCUGCGGCAGGCAGGCCUUAUCCUCAAACCAGCAAAAUGCGUCUUCUUUCGAGAUAAAGUAAAGUUCUUAGGACAUGUGGUGCCCGAAUCGGGUAUCGAAACGGACGAAGAUAAGGUAAAGGAGGUUAGGGACUGGCCCACACCUAAUAACGUAGCAGAGGUCAGAAGUUUCUCUGGCUUGGCUUCGUACUACAGAAAGUUCAUUAAAGAUUAUGCCCACAUAGCCGCGCCGUUGAAUAAACUCACGCAGAAGGGAGUCAGAUUUAAAUGGACCCCAGAAUGUGAAGCUAGCUUCCAAACCCUUAAGAAUAGCCUUUGUUCCAGUCCUGUCUUGACUUUUCCUGACAUUAGCGACCAAGCGGGCAUUUUCGUACUCGACACAGAUGCCAGCGAGACUGCGAUUGGUGCGGUGCUGUCUCAGCGGCAGGCGGACGGCACUGAACGAGUAAUCCAGUAUUUAAGUCGGUCACUCACCAAGGCAGAAAGAAGAUACUGCGUAACCAGGAAGGAGAUGCUUGCGCUCACCUUCUUCAUCGAAGAGUGCCGGCCAUUCUGGGAGUACCGAAAAUUUCUCGUCCGAACCGAUCACAGUUCCUUGGCAUGGCUACGCAAUUUUAAAAAUGCCGAGGGUCAGGUCGCGAGAUGGCAAGAGCGACUGGCGGGGUUUGAAUUCGACUGUAACCAUCGGCCAGGGCGCCAGCAUAACAACGCAGAUGCCCUCUCGAGGAAACCGUAUCGUCCCCACGGUGAAUGCCCGUCUUGCACAGACAUUAGCAUCGGCAGCAUAACACUUCAUGAUGACCAGAGCAGCCUUUGGGCUCAGGCUCAGCGCGAUGAUCCUCAUAUAGGCCCCAUCUACUACAGAAAGCUAGGCGAAUCGCGGCCUUUGAGUGGACCCGAGCUUCGGGGUUUAAGUUACGAGACGCGCUGUCUGCACACGGUGUGGGAUAAGCUUUUUCUAGAUAAUGGGGUAUUGUUCUACCGCGACGGUGAUCAGUAUCCCCGACGUAUCGUUCUACCGUUAUCCAUGACCGAUGAUGUCCUCACGCGAAUACACACUCAGCUAGGGCACGUAGGAAUCCAUAAGACCGAGUGGGCUGUAAGGAGGAGAUAUUAUUGGCCCAACUUAAGACGAUAUGUGUGGGAUUUUAUUCGGUAUUGCGACUUGUGUAAUCAACUAAAGCCGCCACCUCACUUGAACAGAGCGCCCCUUCAACCAAUCUUGACAGGCUACCCCAACGAACUCGUUGGCGUUGACAUCAUUGGACCCAUAGCUCCAUCAGUCCGGGGCAACCGUUACAUUCUGGUCAUGGUGGACUUCUUUACGAAAAUGGCUGAGGUGGAACCAUUGCCCAAUAUGUCGGCGGAAACGGUCGCUGAGGCCAUUUUUAAUGGUUGGGUAUGUAGAUGGGGAGCCCCAGACCAAAUUCACUCAGAUCGAGGAAGUUCAUUUGAAAACGCAAUUCUUCACAGUCUUUGUAAGUACUUACGGAUCAAUAAGACACGCACUACUGCUUACCACCCGCAGGGUAACGGACAAGUUGAGCGAACGAAUAGAACGCUAAUCGGAUUGUUAAAAGCCUUUGUUGAUCGUCAGGCACCCUUCACGUGGGACGAUGCCUUACCCCAUGCAUGCUCGCAUACCGUUCCACGAUUCACUCCUCGACCCAGCAGUCGCCGUUCGCUCUCACCUGUGGUCGGGAAAUGCGGAUACCGGAAGACCUCCAAGUACCACUGGAGAAUAACCAAGUACCAGUAAAUUCCUAUGUCACCAGGCUACAUAAUAAGUUGCGUAUUGCAGCCGAGGAAGCGCGAACACACUUACGUGGAUCCCAAAACCGACAGAAGGACCAUUAUGACAAACUCGCUCAUGGGUGCCCAUAUGUUGUUGGUGACAUCGUAUGGCUCAGAGAACAUACAGCCCCGCAAGGAAUACCGAGUAAAUUUGUGUUAGACUGGUCUGGUCCGUACACUGUAACCAAGGUGAUCUCUGACACGACCUGUGUGAUUCAGGACCGCGAGCGACCUUUCGCGGCGGAAAUUACCGUCCAUUUUAAUCGACUAAAGCUGGGAGAGAGACCGGAUGCAUUUGGUUCCGAAGAUCAAGGAAAUACCGCCUGUGAUGUCGAUCGUGACCAAGUUGGAAGGAUCGUUGAAAUCCCACCUGAGGGUGGGGACGAGUUUGAAGUACAUUUUAGCGACAGGCGGCACAAUGUCGAAGACCACAGGUCAAUGCUGCAUGACGUCAGUCAAAACGAGGGCACAGCAAUCGCUGAGGACAGCGACGUCUCUAUGGAGGAGGGAGUGAUGUAA